AUGAACGGGGGGACGGAGGGACCCAGAGGUGCCACCAGCAGUGGGCCGGCGGGUGCUGACGUCUCCCCCCGCCCCCAGGCGGCGCUGGAGGCCCAGCUAGGCCUCUUAGAACCGAGGAGCAACGGGCUGGUUUUUGCAAGGGAAACAAGCUCAGGAGGAACCCCGCGGCGAGGCGCUGCAAAUAGAGGCCAGAACCGCAGACACCCGCGGGAACACGAGUGUCCCCGGGGAGGCACGGCUUGUGCGUGGCCCUGCGGGGCCGUGCGCCCAGGCGGCUCCCCGGAGCUCUGUGGGGCUGCGCGGACUUUGGUCGUGCUGGCGCUGUACGUCUACGAGUACCUGCUGCACGUGGGCGCCCAGAAGUCCGCCCAGACGUUCCUGUCCGAGAUCCGAUGGGAGAAGAACAUCACGCUGGGGGAGCCGCCCGGCUUCCUGCACUCCUGGUGGUGCGUGUUCUGGGACCUAUACUGCGCAGCGCCUGACCGCAGGGAGGCUUGCGAGCACUCAGGCGAGCCCAAGGCCUUCCAGGACUACGGCGCCGCGGCCGCGCCCAGCCCCGUCCUGGCAAGCAUGGCCCCCAGCGACGCCAUGGCUGCAGGCCCCAUGGCGGCCGGCUUCUUCCAGCCCUUCAUGUCACCGAGGUUCCCAGGGGGCCCCCGGCCCACCCUGCGGAUGCCGAGCCAGCCUCCUGUGGGCCUCCCCGGCUCCCAGCCCCUCCUGCCUGCCACCAUGGACCCCUCCCCGCGUGCGCAGGGGCACCCCAGCAUGGGCGGCCCGAUGCAGAGGGUGACGCCCCCACGAGGCAUGGCCGGCGUGGGACCCCAGAGCUACGGCGGGGGCAUGCGGCCCCCACCCACCUCCCUGGCCGGUCCGGGCCUGCCCGCCAUGACCAUGGGCCCUGGAGUGCGCGGCCCCUGGGCCAGCCCCAGUGGCAACUCGAUCACCUACUCCUCCUCGUCCCCUGGCGGCUACACGGGACCCCCCGGAGGCGGCGGCCCCCCCGGAACUCCCAUCAUGCCUAGCCCCGGAGACUCCACCAACUCCAGCGAAAGCAUGUACGCCGUCAUGAACCCCGUCGGGCCGGGCGCCGGCAGGGCCAACGUGAGUGGGGUUGCGGGGUGCUUCCCGGGCGGUGCGGCCAGCGGCCCGGGUCCCACGCCGCCCCUGUGCCGCAUUCGCGGCUGGCGCCGAUGCCGAUGCUCGCGUUGGCCGCACGAUGGAGCCGCAGCACGUGAACGGAUCCCUGGGUGA